ACAGAUUUUAUAAAUAAAUUGAUUCAUAAAAUGGUGGAAGAACAACAACAACCUAAACAAAAGACAGAAAAAGAAAUUGCUCGUGAAAAAGCAAAAGCAGAAAAAUUGGCAAAAUUUGCUGCAAAACAAAAGAAAAUUGAAGAAGAUGCUAAUAAAACGUCGCAAAAUGUAAAAAAAUCUGGAAAAAAGGCCGCAACUGUUGAUGCUACCGAAUUUCAAUGGUCAGUAGAUCCUGAUGGGAGAAAAGAUGUUUCGAAAGUGUUGCCGACAACAUAUUCGCCUGUUUACGUUGAAGCAGCUUGGUAUGAAUGGUGGGAACGCGAAGGAUUUUUUAGGCCUGAAUAUGGAGGAAGGGAUUUAACGUAUGUUUUUAUUUCCAAUUUUUGUCAAUUUACUAUUGUUAUUCCACCGCCUAACGUGACUGGUGUGCUACAUUUGGGACAUUCUCUGUCUACUACUGUUGAGGAUUCUAUUGCUAGAUGGCAUCGUAUGUGUGGUAAAACAGUCCUUUUUGUACCCGGUUGUGAUCAUGCUGGAAUUGCUACCCAAGUGGUUGUUGAAAAAAAGCUUGAGCGAGAAUGUGGACUAAACCGUCAUCAAAUUGGUCGAGAAAAAUUUAUUAAUGAAGUGUGGAAAUGGAAGAAUAACAAAGGGCAUAUUAUCUAUGACCAAAUUCGUAAAUUGGGUGCUGGAGUGGAUUGGGAUCGCGCUGUUUUUAUGAUGGAUCAGGUUUACAAAGCUGACUUCUGUUAUUUAUAUUUUUUAAAGAAAAUUGUUCGUGCCGUAACCGAAGCUUUUGUUCAAAUGCACGAAAAAGGUGUUAUUUAUCGCAGCAAAAGACUGGUAAAUUGGUCAUGCACUCUACGCUCUGCUAUUUCUGAUAUUGAGGUAGAUAAGAAAGAAAUUGAAGGACGUACUCUCGUUUAUGUCCCUUCCUACAAAGAAAAAGUUGAAUUGGGUGUUCUUGCUGAAUUUGCAUAUCCUGUAGAAGGCUCUUCGGGCGAACAACUUGUUGUUGCUACUACUCGUAUUGAAACUAUGCUUGGGGAUGUUGCAGUGGCUGUACAUCCAGAUGAUCCACGUUAUAAGCAUCUCAUUGGAAAGAACUGUGUCCAUCCUUUCGUCCAACGUUCUAUGCCAAUUAUUGCUGAUACAUUUGUGGAUCCUAAUUUUGGUACCGGAGCUGUAAAAAUUACUCCUGCCCACGAUCAUAAUGACUAUGAAGUUGGUGUUCGUCAUUCUCUUCCAUUUAUCAAUAUAUUGAGUGAUGAUGGAAUUCUUUUACCGAAUUGUGGUGAAAAAUUUGCAAGGAUGAAACGGUUUGAUGCUCGAAAGAAGAUUGUGGAAGAAUUGAAAGCACUUGGUCUUUAUAAAGGAGAUAAAGGUCACCAAAUGAUUGUACCCUUUUGCAGUCGAUCAAAUGAUGUUAUUGAACCUAUUGUUAAAUCUCAAUGGUAUAUACGUUGCAAGGAUAUGGCUGAACGUGCUUUGAAUGCAGUGAGUAGUGGCAGUUUAAAGAUUGUACCUGAAUCCCAUGUGAAAACUUGGAAUAAUUGGCUUGGGGAGAUUAAGGAUUGGUGUAUAUCUCGCCAAAUUUGGUGGGGCCAUCAAAUACCAGCUUACUUUGUGACUAUUAAUGAACCCGGCAGAAUUGAAGCGGAUCCUUCUGAUGACACAUAUUGGGUAUCUGCGAGAAACGAACAUGAAGCAAAAUCCAAGGCUGCGAGUAAAUUUGGUGUUCCUGUUGAUAAAAUUACAUUAAAAAGAGAUGAAGAUGUGCUUGAUACUUGGUUCUCUGCUGGAUUGUGGCCUUUUUCUGUUAUGGGUUGGCCUGAAAAGACUGCAGAUAUGCAAAAUUUCUUUCCUGGACAUUUGUUGGAGACUGGUCACGAUAUAUUAUUUUUCUGGGUUGCUAGAAUGGUCUUUAUGUCCCAAGAGUUAUGUAAUGGUCAACUUCCUUUUAAAGAGGUUUUUCUUGACUUUUGUUAAUAUUAUUCUUUU